AUGGAGCAGCAGCUCAACAGACCAACGUGGAGCCGGCAGAUAGAGUUCACCCUGGCCGGCAUCGGCUGUGCCGUGGGUCUGGGCAAUGUUUGGAGGUUCCCUUAUCUCUGCUACAGGAGUGGAGGAGGUGCCUUUCUGGUGCCAUACCUGCUCAUGCUAGUGGUGUUGGGGCUCCCUCUGCUCUACAUGGAGCUGACUGUGGGUCAGUACACGAGGAGAGGGCCUGUCCACGCUCUGGCUACCGUCUGCCCACUCUUAAAAGGAGUGGGCAUAGCAUCGGUGGCCAUCUCCUUCAUCAUGUGCAUCUACUACAAUGUGGUCAUCACCUGGGCCCUCUAUUAUCUCUUCAGCUCCUUCCAGGCGCCGCUGCCCUGGCAGAACUGCAACAACACGUGGAACACAGCCAACUGCACCAACCACGCCACCAACAGCAGCUACUCCUCCACUGCCAGCCAGGAGUUCUUCAAAUAUAAGAUGCUGGAGCAGACUAGUGGAGUGGAUGAAGCGGGAGUGGUCCGGUGGGAGCUUUUUCUCAUCCUCGUUCUGGCUUGGGUUCUCAUUUACUUUUGCAUCUUCAAGGGGGUGAAAUCGACGGGCAAGGUGGUGUACUUCACGGCUCUAUUUCCAUACAUCAUCCUGAUCGCCCUGCUGAUCAACAACGCGCAGCUUCCUGGAGCUUUAGACGGAAUAUCCUUCUUCAUCGUGCCAGAGUGGGACAAGCUGCUGUCAGUGGAGGUGUGGGUCAAUGCUGCAGCUCAGAUCUUCAACUCCAUCGGGAUUGGUUUCGGCUCCCUCAUGGCCAUGUCCAGCUACAACUCCUUCAACAACAACGUGCUGAAGGACGCCCUGACUAUAUCCAUCAUCAACUCCGUCACCAGCAUCCUGGCAGGUUUUGUCAUUUUCUCGGCCUUUGGAUACAUGUCCCAUCUGCAGGGCAUCCCUAUCAGCGAUCUGGCCGUGGAUGGUCCAGGGCUGGUUUAUAUUGUUUACCCACAAGCCUUUGCCAACAUGCCAGUGUCUCAGCUGUGGGCUGUGAUGUUCUUCUUCAUGCUGCUUUGCCUUGGACUGGACAGCGAGUUUGCGAUGGUUGAAGUGAUGGUGACUAGUCUCAUGGACGAGUACCAUCAACGUCUGAUGACAUUCUUCAAGCGUAAGGAGCUGUUUGUUCUUGCUAUCUGUGGUUGCGGCGUGCUUCUGGGGAUCCCCUUGGUCAUGCAGGUGGGCAUCUAUGUGUUCCAGCUCAUGGAUCAUUACACUGCCAUCGUGUCCAUCAUGUUUCUUGCGUUCUUUGAGGUCAUAGCCAUCUGUUGGAGUUACGGAGUGAGACGACUUUCAGACAACCUCCAGGAGAUGACCGGGAAAGGGCCCAACAUCUUCUUCAGACUCUGCUGGCUAAUAGUUGCUCCUGUGCUGAUUACGGUCAUCUUGAUCUUCUCCAUAGUCCAGUUUAAACCAGCCCGCUAUGGGGACUACGUCUUCCCUCCCUGGGCUCAGGGGGUCGGCUGGGUCAUCGCCAUGGGCUCCAUCAUCUGGAUUCCUUUGGGUGCCAUUCACACAUUGUGGGUGCUACCUGGCUCAUUCAUGCAGAAACUGAAGCUGUCCAUCACACCAUACGCCCUGAAUAAAAAGCCCAAAAUGCCGUACUAUGAGAGAGGAGGAGAAACACAUCCGGGUCUCGCUGUCAUCUUCUCCGACAUCCAGCUGCCUGAGAAACCUCCUCUUCAGACUAACCUGUGA